AUUUAAUUGAAACUCGUCACUUUUGCUUCCAAACAAACAAAAAUAAUAAAUUAAUUAGAGACAGACUGCCACAUCCAUUUAUUUUGCUUGAUAAUAUUUAAAUAAUGCCGCGAGUUGUAGUUUAUAAUACAAACGAUGACAAACAAGUGCGAAAUUUCAAGGACCUAGAUUUUGUUGCCCAAGAACUUAUCAGAGCUGCUAUGGAGGUACGUCGAAAUGCAUACUGUCCGUAUAGCAAAUUUCAGGUAGGCGCCGCCAUUCAAACGUCCGAUGGUUCGAUUUUCACAGGUUGUAAUAUUGAAAAUGGUGCCUAUCCAGCGGGUAUAUGCGCUGAACGAACAGCCGCAUGCAAGGCAGUUAGUGAGGGUAAACGUGACUUCGUCGCAUGUGCUGUUGUGGCGCAACAAGAGAGUGGGUUUACCACGCCCUGUGGAAUUUGUCGCCAAUUUCUAGCUGAAUUUGCAAUGCAACGAGAUUUUCCAAUAUAUUGUGCUAAGCCAGCUUGCCCGCCAUUGCGUGUGCUUGCAACAAGUAUCCGUGAUCUGCUGCCUCGAAGCUUUUCUUUUCUGGCAAAUAAAUAAAUUGAAAUUAUAUUUUUUUUAAAUUUUACGGCCAAUAAUCACCGAAAAUAUUUUUUCGACAAAAUAAUGUG